AUGGCCGAUCAGCUCACCGACGACCAGAUCUCAGAGUUCAAGGAGGCUUUCAGCCUCUUUGACAAGGACGGCGAUGGUUGCAUCACUACCAAGGAGCUUGGGACUGUCAUGCGCUCACUUGGUCAGAACCCAACUGAAGCUGAGCUUCAGGAUAUGAUCAAUGAGGUUGAUGCUGAUGGGAAUGGAACCAUUGAUUUCCCUGAGUUUCUUAACCUGAUGGCCAGGAAGAUGAAGGACACUGAUUCUGAGGAGGAGCUCAAGGAAGCCUUCCGGGUGUUUGAUAAGGACCAGAAUGGCUUCAUUUCUGCUGCUGAGCUUCGUCAUGUUAUGACAAAUCUUGGUGAGAAGCUGACAGAUGAGGAAGUGGAUGAGAUGAUUCGUGAGGCUGAUGUGGAUGGUGAUGGGCAGAUCAACUACGAGGAGUUCGUCAAAGUCAUGAUGGCCAAGUGA